CACACCGGGGGAGAAACACGGAGGAGGAAGAAAGAAGGAGGAGAAGAACAGAAGGAGAAAAGAAGAAGAAGAAGAAGAAAAAGAAGAAGAAGAAGAAGAAGAAGAAACAGGGGGAAUCGUUAUAUUUGCCGGGGCUGCUGUCGCCUGCGUGUCAUCACCUCCACCGGACAGGAUCUACUCUCCUCAUCAUCAUCACUCCUCUCCACCACCCCUCAUCAUCAUCACCCUCACCCUCAUCCUCCUCAUCACCUAGACCUCUUCUCCACUUCCUCCUCUCCUUCAUCACCAUGCCGGGUUGGCGGAGGAACCUCACUUUCUGUCUGCAGCGGAUGCACGAAGAAGAUGACGGGCCAUAUGGGAAAACAAAGGAUAUCUCUGGACCAGAACAGACCAUGGCCUCGAGAAGACACAGUAUACCAGAAGCUCUGCGGGGGGUGACGAUGGUGGAGCUGGUGAAGAAAGAAGGCAGCACACUGGGCCUCACCAUCUCAGGAGGAACCGACAAGGAUGGGAAACCCCGAGUAUCGAACCUGCGGCCUGGAGGACUGGCGGCCAGGAGUGACCAGCUAAACGUUGGUGACUACAUCAAGUCGGUGAACGGCAUUAAUCUGACCAAACUGCGGCAUGAAGAGAUAAUCAGCUUACUGAAGAACGUAGGAGAGAGAGUUCUGCUGGAGGUGGAGUAUGAACUGCCCCCUACAGCACCAGACAGCACCUCAGGGGUUAUAUCGAAGACAAUCGACAUCUGUUUGCACAAAGAGGGGAACAGCUUUGGUUUCGUCAUGAGAGGUGGUACCCACGAGGACUGGCACAAGUCACGCCCCUUGGUGGUAACCUACGUCAGGCCAGGAGGUCCUGCAGACAGAGAGGGCACACUGCGUCCUGGUGAUCGUCUCCUCAGUGUGGAUGGCGUGCCACUGCACAACGCCAACCACAGCGACGCCCUCAGCGUAUUGUCUCAGUGCGGCCAGGAAGCCCUGUUCCAGAUAGAGUACGACGUCACUAUUAUGGACACAGUAACGAACGCCUCCGGUCCGCUAUUAGUGGAAAUUGCCAAGUCGCCAGGAGCAACGCUGGGUAUCACGCUGACGUCGGCCAAUCAUCGAAACAAGCAGGUCAUUGUCAUCGACCGGGUUAAACCUGGGAGCGUCGUGGACAGAUGUGGAGCAUUGCACGCUGGAGAUCACCUGCUGUCCAUAGACGGGACAUCGACAGAGCACUGUACAGUCCUGGAGGCAACACAGCUAUUAGCAAGCACAACAGAACUGGUGAAAUUAGAAAUACUCCCCUCCCAUCAAACAAGGCUAACUGGGAAACAGCACGACACAGUGAAGGUUCAGAAGUCGGACCACCCCCACUCCUGGGACCCCUGUGUGAACUACUGUCACCCUCCAAACUCCACCCUCUGCAACACAAGCUCCACCCUCAACAAGUCGUGGACGGCCUCAAAUAAUAACACCAUCAACAACCUCGACUACUGCAAGUCUCUGGUAUCUGCUAGUUUCUCUCCCGGCUCUACGACUACAUCAGGCCCCAGUAGCCAGAGCUCCAGCACCCUACCCAGGCCUACAGUUCCUAUGAGUCCACGUAAUUCGCUGCUGAAACGACGGCAGAGGAAGAAAGAGCACAAAAGCUCCUUGUCUCUGGCGUCCAGUUCGGUGGGUCCAGGUGGUCAGGUAGUUCAUGUAGAGACCAGUGAGAUCGUCCUAACAGGCGACCCACUCAACGGCUUCGGUGUCCAGCUACAGGGAGGAAUAUUUGCCACCGAAACACUGUCUGCACCCCCACUUAUCCGAUUCAUAGAGCCCGACAGCUCUGCUGAGAGGUGUGGACUGCUGCAGGUCGGAGAUCGCCUCUUGUCAAUCAAUGGAAUCCCCACGGAAGAUGGAACACUAGAGGAGGCCAAUCAGCUGCUCCGAGAUGCGGCGCUGACCAAUAAGGUCACAUUGGAGAUCGAAUUCGAUGUAGCAGAGUCUGUGGUGCCUAGUAGUGGCACUUUCCACGUCAAACUGCCGAAGAAAAGAGGAGUGGAGUUGGGGCUCACCAUCAGUGCCAGUAAGAAGCCAGGAGAGCCCCUCAUCAUUUCUGACAUCAAGAAGGGCAGCAUGGCCCACAGAACAGGAACAUUGGAGCCUGGUGAUAAGCUGUUGGCCAUCGACAACAUCAGACUGGAGAACUGUUCCAGAGACGAUGCGGAGCAAAUCCUCCAGCAGUGUGAGGAACUGGUCAAACUAAAGAUACGAAAAGACGAAGACAACUCAGAUGAGCAGGAGACGUCUGGCAGCAUCAUCUACACAGUGGAGCUGAAGCGGUACGGAGGCCCUCUGGGUAUCACCAUCUCAGGCACUGAGGAGCCUUUUGACCCCAUCACUAUAUCCGGCCUAACCAAGAGAGGCCUGGCCGAGAGGACAGGGGCUAUUCACGUAGGUGAUCGGAUCCUGGCUAUCAACAGCGUCAGUUUGAAAGGCAAGCCCCUGAGUGAAGCCAUCCACCUGCUGCAGAUGGCUGGAGAGACGGUCACCCUCAAGAUAAAAAAACAGCUUGACACUUUUUCUCUCCAAGAUUUAGAGGAGAGGAAGGCAGCAGAGGUAGAGGACACAACAGAGAAUGAGCUCAGUGACACUGAGGAGGAUGAUUUGACAGACAGCCAACAAACAAAUAAGCUGUCAGAGCUUUACUCCACAACAAUACCCAGUGUCGACUCUGCCAUGGAGUCAUGGGACGGCUCAGGGAUGGACGCCGGCUAUGGCAGCCAGGGUACGUACAGCCACCAGGCUGCUGGUAUUGCCCUCCAUCCCCAUGAAUGGCGUAGUGCAAAGCAGCAGCGCAGCACCACACCUCCUCCUGGACGCCGGAAGAACUACCCUUUCAGCGACGGAGGUUUCAGUGAGGAUGACUGGGACAAACCCCCUGGAUUUAUUGGCCAACAACCAGACGGUAUUUUAUUAGAUCCAGAUGACAGUUUCUGGUGUCAGGCACUUGAGGAUCUGGAGACCUGCGGCCAAUCAGAACUACUCAGAGAGAUAGAGGCAUCCAUCAUGACAGGAACAGCCAUCAGUCUGGGUGUAGAUGGUGUCAACAAGCCUCCAGCUGAGGCCAUACUGAGCCACAGCAGGAUGAGCCCAAUGCGGAGGAAUUCUCUCCUGCAUCAGGGUAACCUGCUCCACCAGGCUACACACCUCCACCAGGGUGCCCAUUUGCACGAGGAGGCACACCUGCAUGAGGAGGCCCAACUGCACCAAGAUGCCCACCUGCACCAAGAGGCCCAUUUCAACCAUGAGGCCCACCUGCACCAUGAGGCCCACCUGCACCAAGGGGCCCACAUUCACCAAGAUAACCAAUCCCCUCUCCUGCACCACGAACCCAAGCCCAAGGCCUCAUUGAGAGUGUCAGAGAGGACGUGGGAGUCUCGUCGGAUCAAAGAGGAGAUGCAGGGGAUUCUGUCCCCGACACCUCUGGAGCUGCACAAAGUAACAGUGAUAAAGGACCCAGAGAUUGACGACUUUGGCUUCAGCGUGUCAGACGGCUUCUUGGAGAAGGGAGUUUACGUCAACAUGAUCAGACCUGACGGGCCAGCUGACAGAGCCGGGCUCAAACCCUAUGACAGGAUCCUGCAGGUGAACCACGUGAGGACGAGGGACUUUGACUGCUGCCUGGCAGUGCCUCUGAUUACAGAGGCUGGAGACAGACUGGAGUUGGUCAUCAGCCGCAACCCACUGGGCAACGAUGACACAGAGGACAAUAACAACACUUUGGACCACCCACUAGACCUGUAACACACAUACACACACACACACACACACACACACACACACAGACAAAGAAUCAUGAAUCUCUUGACAUACACACACAUGCAUACACUCAUGCAGGAGACAUACUAUAACUGGUGAAGAGCAAAGUUAUGUGUACUGAAACUGGUCCAAACACACAUACUCCACCGGCCUGCAAUAAAUCUUAAACAGAGACUCCUACACACACAGACACAUACACACAAUCUGCAUGCUCCCACAGUUGUCCCCUCCCACCCACCACACAGGUCUGAACUGCUGUCAUACAGUAUAUUUCUCUAUGGAAGCACUGCCAUAGUGCAGAAAAACCACCAGAGACACUCUCCUGAAGGCUGGCUUGGAGUGCUCAGUAUCGUUCCAACAUAAUAAACCACUUACUUGGCACUUUAACAUGCCAUUUUCUGUGAUUCUGACUCUUUAAAUCUACUUUUUACUCAAAACAAAUGAAUAAAAACCUGCAAUUUGGGUGAGGUAAUUUCAGCUCUUUUCAAUGCCAAGCCACAGGUUUACAUAAAUUUCUAGUGCUGCUGGUAUCAGAGUGAUCUGCCUUAUUCCACAAUAUUGUGAUUUUAGGAAAUCUCAAAUGAAACAACAUAGAAAGAGAGAAACUGCCUUACUCAGUUUGCAGAUUUCAUUUGUUUUAAGAAAAGCUAAUAAGAUUCACUGGAAGACUGAACCAACAGAUUAUAAAGGAGUAUAAUCUGAGUGUCUGACUGUGGUCUUUAUAGAUGUAGCCAUUGUAGAAGUCCAUAUUGCUGCUAAGAGUGUUAAAAUACUGCUGCCCCAUUGCAAUUCCCAACAGUCAUCUUCUGGAAAGGUUAAAUUUGGCUCUUUUUCCAGCUGUCACAUGCAGGUGGACUUCUAUAUUGGAUACCUCUGCAUAUCAUUAGGUAAGCACAGUGAUAUUAUAAAAAAAAUCUAAAUUUGUGCCAUCAUUACAAGGUAAAGACAAUGUCAUCACAACUGCCGAGUUUUGUGUUGAGCCAUCAAAGGGAAGAAGGGAAGGAACAGUUUUUUCUUUCCUGAUUAAACGUGAGAUCUUAAAUUGAAUUUAUUUAAAAGGGCAACUUUUGCUGCAACACAAUUGGGAAGCUGUGCUCAUCGCCCGGAAAAAACUGUGUUACCAACAGAAGAACAUUUUCCUUCAAGAUUUUGAGAGAUUUUGGACCAUUUUCUGUGUUUGUUUUUUUUGUACUCGCCAAUGACUGGGGGAGUUGCCCAUUGACAAUGCCGAAUCUAUCACUGCAGUUGCCUGAGAGCAGUUCAUCUCACCUCUGGCUUACAAAGUCAAAGAGCAGUAGCUACCACAUAUGUAUUUUAAAUGAUCAUGAUUAUGGUUAUGGAUGAGCAUAAUCAGAAAUAACACCUACUUAUGACUUUAAAGGUGCUGUGUGUAGCACUUGUGAGAAAUUCAUUACCACUUUCAUUUUGAGACAUUAGUAUAAUUGCCAUCAACAAAUGAGCUUGUCAGUUCUUCGCCGCAUCAAAACUGUAUUUUACGCUGUGAGCCACUGAGGCCGGUUUGAGGGAUAAUCGCUUUAUGAGCCAAAACAGGAAUAAAGCAAUUUCCUUCAUAAAACAAACGGCUAAAGCCUGAAAAUGUGUUGGUGAAAACAGAUGGUAGAAGGGAUAAAAGGCGGAUGGGAACUUAUUUAUCCAACAUGGUUUGUCUUUACAGUAAACAGACAAACGUGUUAUAUGUAUGGUCGACUUCAAUUUCCAGUGGCAUACAUCAAAGUGUCAAUACUUACAAGUUACAGCAACAAUAGUUUCUUACAGAAAGAUGCAUUACUAAGUAGAGGAGAACAUUCUUUCUGAGGGGUCACCAUUUCUCCUGAAGAUGUGAACACUCAACACUCUGUGUUCAUAUGAUUCGAUAUAACUGCUCAGAUAUGCAUUGUUGUAAAAUGUACAAGAAUAACUACUGUAAGCAUGUUUAGCGUCAUUGGUACUGGGAGUACAUCAUCAUUUUAAUAGAUAGUCCACCUAUUCCCAUCAACAUUUAGCACAUUAUUGUGAACAACAAGCCAAGUCAAAAAAAACAAAAAAAACAUCCUCUUUCCUCUAGGAAGCAAACAGGUUUACAGGCAAUACGGUCUCCAAGCAUUAAUAACAACACAGUUUUAGAAUAGAUGCUACAAAUCAUCACUGCCACAUUCUCGAUAACAAGCUACAACAGCUAUUUCGAUAAGUGAUGUUUUAAAUGCUCCGCGUAGUACCUUUAGAUGAUGUCUACAGUAUUAGAUCAACCAUGAACACUAAAAUGUUACUGCUCUUUGGCUUUGUAAGGAAGACUGUCCCCUUUGUGGCACCAAGAUCAUGGACGAAGUAAAAGGCAUCAUCUGCAAAUAUAGAGAGUGCGUUGUUGGGAUGCUGAAGAUAAGCCCCAAGUUGUUCAGACUAGGAACAAGUCUCACACGCACACACACACACACACACUUACAGAACAGGGCCAACAUGCACAGAUAACAUAUGGACACGAAACAAUGCAGUUUGUGUGUGUGUCAUUAUGUGUUUGUUCACAUUUCUUUGUGUUUGACUGUCUUGUAUAUGUCCAUCUCUGUUGAUGAUCUACAUGAAUGUGCCAGUACAUUUCUAUCUUUGUGGGUGUGUCUGAAAGGGUGCAUAAACACGCUGUAGCCCACUCGAUUUCGCCAACUGAAAAGCCUUUUGUCCUUCGGUUUGGCUUGGUGGAUGGAUCUUAAUACUUCAGUACCCAUGAGGCUUGGCUGCAAUCACUUUGGAGACGAAGCCAGUCAGAGGUGCUAAUUAGAGCAUUUGAGAAUGAAAACAUGGCGUCAUAGUUGCUGAAUUCAUCCAGAAUUGACAGAUAAUUCAAACCAGCCGUUAGAAUUGCAACUACCAGAAUUUUAAUCUGGUCUGAUUGGGUGUUUCAUACUGAAUGCAUCAAUGCGACUCAAAGAACCAGAUGCUUUUUAACACAUCUGAUAAUCUUUUGCACUGAUGCCCAUCCGAGCCGUAGAAAUGCUCCAACUGUCAGUGUGCCCAAAAGAGCUCCACCCACUCUGCAACUCUGGCAUGUGGGUAUUGUAAUAAAAACUUGAAGAAAUCUGAACCUAUUAUUUAAUGACUUUUAUUAACCCUCCCACCUCUCCUCACCUCCUAUUUUUGGUCUGUUGGGUAACAGCAGAGAUUCCUUCCACUUCCUUCAACUCCUGUUUUCAUGAUUUUCUCUGUUUCCUGCCAAAACCUUCUUUGCCCCAAUUAUCAGUGGAUUAACAGAAAUGAGACUGGCUGUCUCUCCCCUCCUACUACUCAAGUGUGUGCGAAUACGUCUGUGUGUGUGUGUGUGUGUGUGUGUGUGUGUGUGUGUGUGUGUGACAGAGAGAAGGAGUGUAUACGGAUCGGAAGGUAACAAUUUUAUAGGUGUUCCUGUGUGUAUAGAUGUAUGUAAGCACAAUAGAGAGAAUUAUUAAUAUGGUGUGAGUGUACAACAUUGUGUGAGAGACAGACAGUACAUAAAACACAGGAGUAAUGCAUUUAUGUGCGAAAGAGUGGACAGAAAAUAGCCUUUGUCCUCUGAAGGAUUGAAAACAUUUGACAGGAACAAUCACAACCUCUGUUCUCUCUCUCUCUCUCUCUUUCUCUCUCUCUCUCUCUCUCUCUCUUUCACUGUUUCUAAGUCUCUCACUCUUUCCUCACGUUGUUACAUAAUACAGUUAGAAUCCAGCUGCACCCAUGUGUGCGUUGGUCUGUGUGUGUGUGAAUGAGGGAGCUUGUAUGUGUAUGUGGUAUGUGUGUACUAUAAACGUGUGUUUACAUGUAUGUAGCUAUUGAUGUCAGUUUUUUCCUUUUGGGUGUGUGUGUUUGUGUGUGUGUGUGUGUGUGUGUGUGUGUCACAGAAGGAGUGCUAGGUGGUGUACAUUUCAUUGUACAGUGGUGAUAUUUUUCAGGGCUGUGGGUUCACUCUCCCUUAUGAAACCCUGAUGAGACAUGAGACUGAAAACAGUAUAAACUCCGUUUUUGUGAGCGAGCCGAAGGAACUUUUUCAUGACUAAAAAAGAAAAAAUGAUUUACUUCUCUCCAAGCACUUACUACAAAAAAAUAAGCACACUGUUGAAUACCAUGCACUGUAAGUAUUUUCAUGUACAACGAAACAAAACUGUCUGAGUGUUUUUUACGCAAUGUCAAGUGGCCAAAAAAAGUUUUGUAAAGCAACAAAAAAAAAAAAGACAAAAUGCUGAGAAAAGCCUUCCAAAUUGUUCUGUUGGUUUUUAUGUAUGUGUGUAUGUACGUAUGUGUGGUCAUCCAUACUCCCUAUGCAUUUCUGGGUCAAAGGUCAGUUUAAAGUCCAAUCCGGAACCGUAAAAAAGUCAGACGGAUGAGUGAAAUGUGUAAAGAAAAUAUAAACAAUUCCUCCCAGUUGUAUAAUGUAAUAAAUGUAACAACUUACAAAAUAUCAAAUUACUGUGAAAAUGUAGGACUGAUAUUACAAUAUUUUAAAUUAAUGGCAUUACAAAUUAUUAAGUUACUAAUGUAUGUCUGAAGAUUUUAUGACAGUAUAUUGUAUUUUAUUAAACUGGCCGGUUGUCGAUAUCACUGAGCCUGUUAAAGGAUGUCGUUACAUUUGAUAAUGUAUAGUAUAGUUAUAAUAUAAUAUAACAUUUAUUACAUCAUCAACUGCAAGGCACUUUCCGGAGUCUGCCAGUCUGACUCAUGCUUAAAAUGUCGAGUGUGUUUGAAUGGUUUAUCUUAACCUAACACUUAAAAAGAGACCAGUUUCUGCCUACGAAGAGGCUAGCUCACUAAACCAGUAGGUCCAAGGAUUUCUCUUAAUGCAGCACAUCGUUACUGUUGUUUCUAUAACACGUACCUGUGUACGCAGCAUGUGUUGUUGGGGUUUCUACCGCAUGAGUUUGUGCAAUUCAGCCGGUCAUUCAUUCAUUGCUUUUAUUUGAAAACACAUGGAAGAAAAAGAGAUCACUACUUAUUGUUUCUGUCAAAUCACACCUUUCUGUUAGUACCUUUGUUUGGUUUUUUUUACCCUGCAGCGGCCAUAUUGGAGGUUAUCAGCUGGUGGCUAAUGGUUGCAAAAGCUGAUUGUGUAACAUUGCGGUCCACAAUUACAGCAGAAUUCAGACAUGGCUCAUAUUUUGCAUUACAUUAGCAUAUUUCCUACAUACAUUCAGCUUGUGAUAAGAUAAUGGUUUGCUUACUCUCCAGAUAACAACAGUUAACUAGCUAACCAUAAUGACCUUUCCAGUCUGUUGCUACUAUUGUAAACAUGAGUACAAGAUUCUUCACUGGACCUGCAGAGUUUGUAGAGUCCCAGCCGACUGUGGUUGUCGCUCUGAAGGGGAAAUCAAGUUUUGUUGCAUCAUUUCCAAACUAGAACAUUUCGAUGUCUCAUAAUGAUCUGUUGGUCAUGAGAGAAUCUUCAAUCUUUGCUUCACAUUUCUUACAAAUCACACGAGAACUUUUUACAAUAAAAGUUAUUCAUGCCUUUAACAUUUGCGUUUAUCUUUCAGAUUUUUUUUUAACAUUAACAGUUUUAAAAAGAUGUGUUGACAAUGAAUGAAAGCUUAUUGCGAUUCCGGAUUGGGCCAUUAAUAAUGUAUGGGUUGAUAUUGUGUUUUUUUUUUUUUUUUUUCUUUAGUUUCUUUUUCUCAAAUUGUGUAAAGUUCUAUUCUAUGUAAUAUAGUAUUUUUAUAUGACAAUAUUAAUCUUCCGAGACAUGGGAGAAAAUACAAAACAAAACUUAUGAAAGGGAAAAUAAAAUGUAUAACUUUGUUGUUGUUGUUGUUUUGUUUGUUUUUUUUCAUUUUCUAUGAAACAAAGAGUGUACUGCUAUAGGCUACUUCUCUUUUCGAGAAGAACAUGAGAAAAGAUCAAAAGAAAGAAAAAUAAAAUGUCUAAUUUUA